UUGACUUGCGGAGCCUCACAAUCGCACGAUAUGCAUCUGCUAUUAACGUGAAUUUCUCUCCUUCGAUUAAAAUAUAUAGCCUGGCCUCGGCGUGAUCAUGGGACAAUGUGGCGUUAUUUCUUCGAAGACGGUUUUAGUCUUCCUAAAUCUGUUUUUUUGGGCUGCCGCAGGUAUACUGUGCUACAUUGGGGCCUAUGUUUUCAUCACUUAUGAUGACUAUGAUCAUUUUUUUGAGGAUAUCUACACUUUUAUCCCUGCCAUGGUAAUAAUUGCUGUGGGUACGCUUCUUUUUGUCAUUGGUUUCAUUGGAUGCUGUGCCACCAUUCGAGAAAGCCGCUGUGGCCUGGUCACGUUCUCGGCAGUGCUGCUACUGGUAUUUGCCACAGAGGUGGUUGUAGUGGUGCUUGGCUAUAUUUACAGAGCCAAGGUCGAGGCUGUGGUCAAUCACUCUAUUCAAAAAGUAUAUAAUGAAUAUAAAGGCACCAACACAGAUGCUCCAAGCAGGGCCAUUGACUAUGUCCAGAGACAGCUUCACUGUUGUGGCAUUCAUAACUACUCCGAUUGGAUGAACACUUACUGGUUUAUUGAGUCCAAAAAUAACAGUGUGCCAUUGAGCUGCUGCAAACCCACCAUCAGUAAUUGCACUGGGACGUUAAUGCGACCAGGAGACCUCUACCCAGAGGGCUGUGAAGUUCUUGUAGUAAAGAAACUCAAGGACAUUAUGCUGUACGUCAUACUGGCUGCAUUAGCAUUCGCUGCCAUACAGAUGCUUGGGCUGCUGUGUGCGUGUGUGGUCCUCUGCCGCAGAGGUCAUGACCCCGCCUAUGAACUGCUUGUCAACACGGGUAUAGAUGCCUGAGUGGUACCGCAUG